CGUAAACUGCCCAUCUACUUGCUUCUGUACUCGAUUCGACGGUCCAGGGUCCUUUGACACGAGCUGGCAAUUUGAGGUGAGCUUAUCCCUUGUCGGCGAGGGCCUCAAGGGCAGCAGAAUCGCAUCACACCUCGACCUUUUUGUUUCUAAUAACCAUCUGAAACCACUUCUUCAUUCCUCUUCUCUGUCAUCUGAAUCCUCCUUAUCGCGACGACGAUACUUUCGAUCCGCCCAAUGUGUCGAUAGGCGAUCGACCGGCCAACCGCACACACACGCAAACCCGCGCGACGAGCGACGACGUUCGAGCAACCUUCACGACCACCAUGGCUCGACCCAUGGGGUCCGUCCGUCUGAAGAAGGCCAAUCCGUCGACUCUCCUUCUCGGCGCUGUGCUCUGCAUUUUUAUAAUCAUCUUUCUCGUCUCCCCUUCGACGCCAACCAAGACCGCUCGUCUCGCGGUCAAUACCGCAUCCCACCAUCUGUCGCCGCCGACAUCACCGUACCGCAAGUCGUCGCGACCUGGCGAGCUCGGUCCGCCCCCUGUCACCCACUACAAGCUCAACAAUGUGACAAUCACGCCCGACCCCAUCGCCAACCAGGAGCACGUCCUCAUCCUGACGCCAAUGGCGCGGUUCUACCAGGAGUACUGGGAUAACCUGCUCAAGCUCAACUACCCACACGAGCUGAUCACACUUGGGUUCAUCCUGCCCAAGACGAAGGAGGGCAACGCGGCAACGACGGCGCUCCAGGCGCAGAUUCAGCGCACGCAGAAGCAGGGCCCGGAAAAGGAUCGAUUCAAGAGCAUCAUCAUCCUCCGCCAGGACUUUGAGCCCGCUGUCAUGUCGCAGGACGAGAGCGAGCGACACAAAAUGGCGAACCAGAAGGCGAGACGUGAAGUCAUGGCGAAAGCGCGCAACUCGUUACUCUUCACGACCUUGGGCCCCAGCACAUCAUGGGUCCUGUGGCUGGAUGCCGACAUCGUCGAGUCACCGCCGACCCUGAUCCAGGACCUCGCCUCCCACGACAAGCCACUCAUCGUACCAAACUGCUUCCAGCGCUACUACGACGGCGACACGAAGAAGAUGUCCGAGCGACCUUACGACUACAAUAGCUGGCAGGACAGCGAGAUUGCGCAACAGCUGGCCGCGCAAAUGGGGCCGGACGACAUUCUGCUGGAAGGCUACAAGGAGAUGGCCACCUACCGCGCCCUCAUGGCAUACAUGGUGACCGAGCAGGCCGACAAGAGCCUCGUGAUACCGCUUGAUGGUGUUGGCGGUACCGCCCUCCUCGUGAAGGCUGAUGUGCACCGCGACGGCGCCAUGUUUCCCCCCUUUGCCUUCUAUAACCUGAUUGAGACGGAAGGUUUUGCGAAGAUGGCCAAGCGACUUGGGUGGCAACCCUGGGGGUUGCCUAAUUACAAGGUCUACCACUACAACGAAUAGAAAUGAUGAGCCGUGCAGUGUUGUAUUUGUAUUCUGGUGUUUUCACGUCCAAAGGAGCGAAAGCUCGUCCGCCUGCUCCGCCAGUCGGAGCCAUGAAAAAAAGUAGCACUGACACAUGGUUUGCUGGUGCGAGGCGUUGGCUGUUGUGGUAUGCUCUGCCUGCUGUAGGAUGCUGGGCAGUUAUCUGGUUAGGCUUGGCUUCGAGCCUUAUCCCUCCCCUCCCGGCUUGACUCGCCGCGAGGGUUUCAUAUACAAUUAUGUACAAUAGAAUCGCGCCAGUGUCUUCACGAUUCGACGGGCUUGGAUCAUUUAUAGAGGUUCAAUGGACGGGGGCGCCGGCAAUGUUUCAUGAUAUACCAAGCUACCAAACU